GCCUAAGCACGCGGCGGUCACCAAGUCAAAUUUCCUUGUCCAUCCAUCCUCAUCAUCGUCACUCCCUGUAAAACCAAUCAAAUCAAACCAAAACUAAAAUCCUAACUUGGCCGUUGGGCAGGAAAGAGCUUUUUGAUUUUGAGUGUUACUACUAAUGGCUGAUUCCGUUGAAGAUCUUGAUUCUCUAUUUGAUUACCGUCGCGUGCAGCCUAUCACAAUCCUUGAUGAGGACGACGACGACGACGAAUAUGAUAAGCCACCAGUUCCUUCUCCUAAAAAAAGGAAGAUUUCCAAGCAUAACGUGGAGAUUGUUGGCGGUGAUCGUGAAGCAAGCCAAGUGACUAAUGACGAUGAGGAUUGGCUACUUCCUCCUCCUAAGGACUCCAGUGAGUCCCCGAAGCAGAUUGAUGAGGACUCAACUAUUAAAGAGCUGAGGUUAAGGAAGCAGGAGCUAAAAGCUUUGACAAAUAAAGAGUGUUUGUUUCAAUAUCUGGAGUCACCAAACAGACAAAGUGAUUCAGUGCAGGCUGAUCUGGAGUCUGGGGCCGAGCAACCAUCAAAGCCUCAUCAUGAAAGAGCUAAAAUUGUUAUUUCAAUUCAAGACAAGGAUGAAGUCAAACAAUUUCGUGUGUACAAGGAUGAAAAGUUUGAGCGGCUCUUCAAACGGUAUGCUGAUAAAGUUGAGCUUGGAAUUGAGAGCCUAGUUUUUAUGUUUGAUGGGGACAGAAUCAAUCUGACGGCCACCCCUGAUAGUCUUGGAAUGGACGAUGAGGACAUUAUUGAAGUGCUUGCAAAGAAAAGCUGACUAACAUGCCCUCUAAUGAAAUUUUGAUAUGUAAUUGUGAGUUAUCAAUACUUUUGUUUGGGUUAAAGCAUCGAAUUUUUACGUUUGUGAAUACCAAAACACUCAUUUAUGGGGUUUGUUGGGAUGAUACAGCAAACUCUACUGUAUGCUUGUAUUAAAAUUGAUUAGAACUAUUAGAGAGAAAAUUGGUGUUUCUAAUAGUAGCGAGGCUUGGAACUGCUACAAUCGAGGUUGUAAAUGACUUGCGAGAUUGAGUUUGUAGAUGUUCAAUGAAUGCAUGAUUGCUUUCCUA